UACUUGGUGACGUGUCGCGGUCACGCGCGCGCGUCUCGUCCUGGACCUCCACAGAGAUCUCGACGGAUAACGGGACAGGUGAUCGCGUUUCUGCCGGACGGGGCUCUCCUGGCGUCGGGCGUUGAUGUUUUUAUUCUCUUGGCUUUUAAGACUACUUUUAAGACCCGUGGAAGUUUGCUGAAAGGCGUUAAGAUGGACUCGACGGGAAAAUGCGUCUGCGUGCUGCUCUUACUGAGCGUCUCGCGCGCGUCCAAGCUCCUGGGAGACAUUUACGAGCCCAGAGGCCAGCAAAUAUGCAAGCGUGGCACUGAGAAGCCCUGCUAUAAAAUCGCCUAUUUUCAAGACACUCGGCGUAAACUCAACUUUGAAGAUGCGAGUCGUGCCUGCAGGAGCGACGGCGGAGACCUUCUCAGCAUUGAGUCUAAGACUGAGCAGAGACUGAUUGAGAACUUCAUCCAUGAAUUGAAAGCAUCAGACGGAGACUUCUGGAUCGGUCUCCGUAGGGAUCAAGGCUACGAGGAGAUAAACGGAGACUGUCCUUCUCAAUACUACUGGCUGGAUGGAAGCAGAGCGACCUUCAGGAACUGGCACUGGGAUGAGCCUUCUUGCGGGUUUGAGGUGUGUGUAGUGAUGUACCAUCAGCCCUCUGCUCCUCCGGGUCAGGGUGGACCUUACAUGUUCCAGUGGAAUGAUGACAACUGUGAAACCAAAAACAACUUCAUCUGCAAGUACACCAAAGAUAAACCUCCCGCACCAGUUCCUGCAGAAAACAGGACAUUAGAAGGUGCUCUUCCGACACCCAGAAUAUCUCAGAAGCCCUCCGUCACGGAGAAGGAUGAUGGCAUGAGGGUGGUCGUAUCUGAACCUCCAGACAACGUUCUUAACAUCGCUUACAUCGUUCUGCCAACCAUCCCACUCCUGCUGCUCUUGAUUGUGGCCACGAGCGUUUUCUGCUUUAAGCUGUUCGCAAAGAGGAAGAAAGAGCAGACCGAGACCCCUCCGAAGGAGCCGGGAUACUGGGCCGCCGGAGAAAGAUGCAACAGCCCGAGCCCUGACGUCUACAACGUCAUCCGAAGGCAGCGCGAAUCGGACCUGGCCGGCACGCGGCCCGACAUCAAGAACACCUCCUUCCUGGGUUCCUCUCCAGACACUCCCCCUGGAGAUUACGACAACCUGGCAGGCCGGGACACUGAAAGUGGUUUUGUGACACUGGCCAGCACCGAGAGCGGCUUCGCGACCAACGAUCUGUACGACACCCUGCAGGGCCGGGGAAGCGGGAGGUACUACAGGGACCAGGGAUGGAUGGAUGAGUUGUACGGCUACUGAUUACGAAAGGUGAACGUUAGCUCCCGUGAAAAUGAUAAUAGCUGUCGAUGUCUUACCCGAGCGUUUCCUUGGCGCCAGAUAUCCAAUAUUGUCUAUGUUUCAGUAUGCGUUAUCAAAUCAGGAGGAUGCUGGAGCUCGAAAGAGGCCUGGAUGCCUGCAACCUCUUCCAAAAUGCAUUGAAUGAAUGAGAGCAGUAUCUUAUCAUAAACCAAUAGUUAGUGUUUUUGUUAAGAUUGAUAUUUAUAUGCUCUAUUUUUUUUAUAGUUUUCCCUUACUUAGUAAGCUAUACAGCUGUAGCUAAAACAGAUUUCCAUCCUAAGUUAAGUUUAAGUUAGUGACUGCUUUAAAGUAAGUAGGCCACAUUAGGUUUAUUAACUAUAACCAUCCUGAUUAGAUAAAAUACUCAGAUCCGAGUGCAUUUUGAAAUUUGUCUCAUAUGAUUAUUAGAUGCAUCUUUUUUUAUGCUGUUAUGAUUUUAUUUUUCAUAAGCUCCUAUGACACACACACACAAAAUCUGUAACGGUAAUGCAGAGAUACUUAGCAUUUUUUACUGCAUCUUAAAGCCAAAUUCUGCAGGACGAACGCUCAAAGGUGGCACUGUGUUACAAACAAGCUGCUCAACAAAUCAGAAGGAGACGCUGGGACAUGAGAGAGCUUGUUUGUCCUCACUGGUUGGUUUGCAUGACCCUGUUAUGCUGCUUUACUGGAUGUGCUGUGUGGGGCUCGGUGACAAUCUUGCAGACUGUCUUUUCCUGUGAAAUAACGAAUGAUCAAACAUCCUUCGGGUUUCUUAUAUGCAAAUAUCGGAAUGUGAAUGCGGUGAUGUGAAGCCUUAAUAAACGAAAACAAACGAAUGAAGUUGAAACUGAAUAUUUUUACUUAAUGUAUUUUAGCAUCACCGUCUGUAUUUGUGUAUGUGUGCUUUCUGACAGCAGGGGUCGCUCUCUGACAACAUGCUCCGAGCUCUGAUCUACAGAUGUUUAAACAGCCUAAAUAUACACACACUUGUUUAUAAAACGCUCAAUUACGUGCAUUUUAAAACGUAUAUUUAAUUUAAUAGGUUUUUUCUAAUAAAAAAACACUCAAAAUAUAUUUAAUGUGUAAUCGCAGUUGUUAUUCUAAAAUAUCGCAAUGCCAUUUGGUAAGCAAAAUAUUAUAAAUAUUAGCUUUAUACGCACAUGUGCAUGGACUAGUCACUAACGCCACAAAAUGUAAAACAACAUUAGUGUCUAAUAAUGGCACGCAUUGUUUUUAGGGUUGUUUAUCCACGCCGCGGUCCUAAAUGUAAAAAUAAAUAAAUAAAUUUAAAAUAUGAAGCGAUGCAAUGAUGUCAGCUGCAUUUCAAGCACACAGAGAAAGAGAGA